ACACAGCAGAGAAAAUCUAUUUCUGAUUUUUGUCUUGGCCCUUUUCCAAGUUCCGGAGUCUCUGCACCCUUUCCAUUACUUAUGUCUUUCGUCAGUGUUCCUUCGAUGAGUUUUCUCUGCUCAACGAGGCGAGUUCAAAGCUGAAUACUAUGAGAAUGCAGAUUUCAGAGAGCAAGUGUUGGACGCGUUGAUGACGAAGUCUUUUUAUGGUACUGGGUAUUUAGGGUCGUUGGCUUCACCUGUCAGAUGUAGAGCCCUAAUUGUGGCGUUGUGAGGUAAAAAAAUGGCAAAUGAUCGAAAAGUUAAGGAGAAUGAUGGCAAUAGCUCUAAGAGAAGGCGUGCUGGUGGCAAAGUUUCAACUACUGGUUCUGCAACAACAGAUAGUUUGGGUUUAAGAAGGUCCACAAGAGAAACAGCUUCAAAGAAACAGAGUUUAUCAAGUACUUCAAGUACGCGGAAAUCAGAAAGACUUGAGAAACGGACACCAGCAGUCACUCCAAUUAAGAAAAAAAUUGAGCGAAUUGAGAAGCAAAAGAUGCCAAGUCCCUUAAGAAAGUCCGAGAGAAGCGAGAAACACCGCUCUUUGAAUUCUUCAGGGUCAAAGAAGUCUGAAAAAGUCCCGAGUCCUCCGGAUACGAAAAAUAAAAAGAAAAAGAGAGAGAAAAACGAGAAGCAACAGACGAUGGAUGUCAGAGAGGGGAGCAGUAAUGAGAAGCAGCAACCUAAACCUUCUCGUGUGAUUCUUAAAAAGAAGAGAUUGGAUGCACGUAGUUACAGGGCAUUGCUCAGACCUCAAGCAAGGAUUUCUAAGGGGGCAGAUCUUGGCCGGAGGGUGAAAAGAAAAGAUAAACAGCCUCAGGAGGAGAGGUACGAUAUUGGAGCUAGUGGUUCCGAGGACGUUGAGAAGGAUGGAGAUGAAUGCAGUGAGAGAAUGGAUGAUAAAUCAGUUAAAGAAUCAUCUCAGUUGAGCUGCGAGCAGAAAAAUCGCCAUGCAGAAAAUCAUGACAGUGAAAGUCGAGAUAAAUUGCCUCUACUCGAGUCUGGUGAUAAUUCUGCACAAUCAUCUCCAGAUGGAGCAGUACAGAAAGAAGCAGAGGAUGAUUCUAGUGGGAUGAGGGUGGAAUGCUCAGUGAGGGAAGACUUUAAAGGACCAGAGUUAAUGGAAUCUACUUCUGAAAGAAGAUCAGUUGCUGCUGAAACUGACACAGGAGGAGCUGACAAAAUUGGGACUCUUAAAAGAAAGAGAAAUGCAAUUGAUUUGUAUUCUGAUACUUCUGCAACAGAAGCAAGUAAAGAGAUCUGCAGCGCUACAGCUGAUGCUGUAUCUUCAUCACCAUCUGGGAGCAAGAUGGGUAAUUUUAUUGAGAGAUGUGUUGUCUGCUCUAAAAGACAAAGGGUGGACUUUGAUUCACACGAGCUGGGGUUCUGCUCUUGCAAUGCGAAAGAAGUCUGUGUGCAAGAAACUAUUUUGGGAAGUGUAGAAAAAGAUGGAGUAAGUUGUUCCCACAUGGAAAGAGAAAAUGGGGCUGAAGAUGAUCCCGCUCUUGAUAAAACUGAAGGCUUCCCUGAAGUUCGUAGGCAAAUUGUACAUUGUUCAGGCAAUUUAGUUUUUAUUCCGGAGGUCCCAACUCCUAUUGAGGAGGAUAGAAGGGAACCUGAAGCUGGGGAUGGGACAGGAGUUGCUGAAGAAUGUCACAGUGAUGUGCAGCAUUGCAAGACUCCAAUAAUUUUUCAAACUGAAGCUGACCAGAAUGCGUCUGUUUCCUGUAAGCUUGAUUCUGGUAGUGAGGGGGCCAGCCCUGAUGCUUUGAAGGUUGAUUCCAGUGAUAAUACUGGUAAACUGGAGCACUUGGCACAGUCUACUCCAUUGGAGCAUAAGUCUGAAUCCUCCAAAUUUGUAGAGUAUUGGGUUCCUGUUAAGCUUUCCAAUGUGCAGCUUGAGAAUUAUUGUGCUGCCUUAUUUUCAAAUGAAAUGUCUCUUCGAUCAUGUUCAAAGAAUGACUCUGUUGGGGCCCUUCGUGAUUUACUUAUUUCUGCGAGGAAGUGCUGUGAUCAUCCCUAUCUUUUGGAGCCAUCUUUGCAAAGUUUGCUCACUAAAGGUCUUCCUGAAGUGGAAUAUUUGGAUGUUGGAAUAAAGGCAAGUGGCAAGCUGCAACUUCUUGACAAGAUCCUUCAAGAAAUGAAAAGGCGUGGCUUAAGAGCACUGAUCCUUUUUCAGUCAUUUGGUGGAUCUAGACUUGGAGAUAUUUUGGAUGACUUUCUGCGACAAAGAUUUGGGCCGGAUUCUUAUGAACGUGUUGAUGGAGUGGUCAGUUCAAAGAAGAAGCAAGCUGCCAUGAACAUGUUUAACAGUAAGGAGAGAGGGAGAUUUGUGUUUCUAUUAGAAAACCGUGCUUGCCAACCAAGCAUUAAACUUUCAUCAGUGGAUGCUAUUUUAUUAUUUGAUAGUGACUGGAACCCACUGAAUGAUUUAAGAGGCCUGCAGAGGAUCCAUAUUGAUUCACAGUUUGAACAGCUAAAAGUAUUUCGUUUGUAUACGCCUUGUACUGUUGAAGAAAAAAUUCUGAAUCUUGCAAAGCAAGAUAUGUAUCUUGAUACCAAUAUACAGAAUAUAACCCGUAGUCAUUGUCAUAUGCUGCUUAUUUGGGGUGCAUCUGAUCUGUUCAGUAAAUUGGAUGAGUUCCAUGGUGGUAAUACCUCAGUUUCAGACUUAAAUAUUUUGUCCGAUGAGCCAUUUUUGAAUGCUGUAGUGGAGGAAUUGUUGAUACGUGUACCUCAAAAUGCUGAAAACGAUAAUAAAAGCAAUUGCUCACUAAUUUCAAAGGUUAAACAGAGUGGUGCAAUCUAUUCAAGGGGCAUUCCUUUACUUGGGGAGAAAAUGCAGUUGAGGGAGGAAGAGCCACCCCAUGUUUUUUGGACAAAAUUACUGCAGGGAAGAUAUCCUCGGUGGAGGUAUUUGUCUGGAUCUUCUCAUAGGGUCCGAAAAAGAGUUCAGUAUUUCAAUGAGUCACCAAGAAAAUCUGAAGUCGAGUGUGAAGAAGUUAUGAAUAAGCGCAAGAAGGUAACAGACAACACCACUGAUACAACCUCUCUCAAGCCAUCACUGGAAGACAAAAGAAAAGUACUUAUUGGGGGCAAGGAAGGAACAUCUGGAACUCAAGCUGGUAACAGGUCUCAAUCCUUGCCAAGGUCAGCAGUUAAUAUGGGGGACAUAAAUCAUGUGUCCUCCAUGGCUAAUGAAAUCUCGGGUGUAUCUGAAGGUCACUUGAUUGAAUCUGAGGAAAGAAAAAAACUGCGAGAGGCCCAGAAGAGUCUUCAUCUCUUAUUGAAGCCGGAGAUUUCAAAACUCUGUGAAAUCCUAAGACUUCCUGGGGACAUCAAGGGUAUGGCUAUAAGGUUUCUUGAUUAUAUAAUGAAAAAUCAUCAUGUCAAUAGAGAACCAGUGGCCAUAUUACACGCUUUUCAAAUCUCAGUGUGUUGGACAGCUGCUGCUUUGUUGAAACACAAGAUCAAUCGCAAGGAGUCACUUGCACAUGCAAAACAGCUUUUGAAUUUCGAAUGCAAGGAGGAAGAGGCUGAAUUUAUCUAUUCAAAAUUGCGGAUGCUGAAGAAGAUGUUUUAUCGUCGUAUAGAAACUUCUAUGGAGUUGAAAUUUCCUGAAGAUAGUUCACCUAGAGCCGAAGAUGUUUCAAAAAUGCUUCCGCAUGCAACCUCUUCACAAUCAAUGGCAUCUGCCGAGGAAGAGUUGGAAGAAGGAGAGAUCAGAGAGAGAUUUCGAAGUACUCAACUUGUUCCUGCCAAGCAGGAGCAGGUGACUGAUUCUGAUAAAAACAGUAGGUCAAAGCAGAAUAAUUUCUCCAUGGGUAUUAGCCAAUUUGAGAAAAUUUGUGCUGAGAGGUUGAAGAAGAUCCUCCAAAAGCAGCAGGAGGAAUUUCAGAAAUUUAAUGAAAUUAGGGAGAAGGAAAAAGCGAAGCUGGAUAAAGAGCUAACGCUGGAGUUGGCUCUUAUCCGCACAGUACAUAAACAUACCUCCAUUAGAUUAGAUAAGAUGACGAUAGCAGAGCAAGAUCACGCAAAGAAGAUAGAAGUACAUAAUCGGGGUUGGGAAGUGCUCAAGAAAAAUCUUGAGGCUUUGCAGCUGACGGCAAGGAAGGAGGAGAGGCGGACGAAGGCUCAUUGGUUAGAGCAAGCUGUAGCUGGGAAAUCAGUUGAGCUAUUUGCUAAGCUUCCUUUGCCAGAUUCUUGGUUUAGGUUUGAACAAAUGAUGUCUGGUAAGCUUGGUGCCACCCAUAUUUCUGGGCUUUCUUCAGAGAAAUUAGAUCCUAACAUUAGUUUUCCAAUCAAGCCAGGUGAGGUUCUACCUUCUAAUGUAACUAAAACUAUUUCUAGUGAAGCCACAGAGGGCAGUGUCCCUACUGGCAGAGAGGGCAGUGUAAUGGAUGCUACUCUUGACAUGCAGCCUAAUAGAGAGGAUGACAGAAUGGAUGCUACUGUUACCUUGCAAUCUGAUGGGGAUAGCAACAGACUGGAUACUAUGCUUGACAUGCAGCCUGACAGAGAGGAUGAUGUGAUGGAUGCUAGUGUUGCCGUGCAAUCUAAUGGAAACAGUAACAGAAUGGAUACUACACUGGACUUGCGACCUAAUAGAGUGGAUGAUGGAAUGGAUGCUAGUGUUUCUGUGCAGUCUAAUGGAGGCAGCAACAGAUUGGACGCUACCCUUAACUUGCAGCUUAACAGGGAGGAUGAUCAAGUAGAUGCUACCACUCUUGACAUGCAGUCUAAUGCCAUGCAUGCUGUUAGAGAUGACAAUGGAGUAGAUACAGCAGUUGCCAUGCAGCCUCAUAGAGGCAACAAUGGAAUGGAUACUACUUGUGGCAUGCAGUCUUGUAGAGAGGAAAAUGCAACGGAUGUUACAAUUUCAGAAAGGGAAACUCUUGGUGGAGACGAGCAGCACAAUAGGGCAGACAUUUCCAACAGUGUAGAUUUGCGUUCAUUGGAGCCAACUCAGAUAGAUUCUGCUCGGAACAGUUCAUUGCCAUUGGAUGAGUUACUCCGUGUUGAACAUAGUGAGGCACCCACAUCAGCUGGAGCGCAAGAUGAGGCUGUGUCAAGUUGUGAAAUGCAAAAUACUCCUGAACAAGUCCAGGUUCUAUCGCUGCAACUGGCUGAUGUUUUACCUUCUGGUGAACCUAAUCAUGAUACCUCUGUCACAGAACCUGUUCAACAGUUUCCACUGCUUGUGUCUACGGACCGACCCCCUACUGCAUGUGAUCAACAAGAUAUACCUUUGGUUACAGGGACCUAUCAUGGGACAACUUAUGAAGACUCUACGCCUUUCCAGCAGGCUCAAAUUCAAGAACUCCCACUGAUGGGCAAUCCAGCAGAAUCUUCUAGUCAUUCUGAAUCAAUACCACCAGCUGAGGACUGUUCAGAGCCAUCUCUCUCUCUACCACAACCCAUUACCCCUUUGCUGCCACACCUGCCUGUGGAAAGGCCUUCAGUUGGAAGUGGGACACAAGUGUCAGCCACUAGCGUGGACACUAUUCCAGGGUCAAGUAAUUGUCCAGAAAUUGUACAUUCGGUUGGAAGCAGCACGUCCAUGUCAGUUAGUGGAGGUAUGGGGACAGUUCCAGAAUCUAGCAACCGUCCACUACAACAAACUACUGUUACAGCCCAGAUGUGUCAGCCAUGGUACCAUGACCCACUUCAAUAUGAAAUGGAAAGAAUACAGAAAGAAAAGGAGCAGACCAUCAAAAUCCAUGCAGAACUGAAAUUGCGGCUUGAUUCUGAACGUGAUAAGGAGAUAGAAGAGAUACGUAGGAAGUAUGCUGCUAAGCUUCAGCAGGCUGAGGCUGCACUGGUGCAGAAGAGAAAGGAACUUGAGGCAAACGGCAACAAAGUUUUUAUGAAUAAGAUGUUGGCUGAUGCAUUCAGAUCCAAAUUCAGUGAGCCACGGACAACUGGGGCACUGGGACAGAGGCAGGGGAUUCCUACUAGUUUCAUGCAGCAGUUAUUUCAGCUCUCAUCACAGCAACACGCUCAGAGGCCUGCCCCUGUGUCUGGUCCACCAGCGGCUCCGCCAUUGCAGGUGGUCCACCAAUCCUCUGCACUUUUCUCAAGUAACCCGGUCAGACAACACAUCAGCCCUGUUGUUCCUCCAGCAGGGAACCAUCAAGUUGCCAGUGAAGUACGGGCCCCAGCUCCUCACCUUCAGCCCUUCAGACCUUCCACAUCCAUGGCGGCACCCAAUAUCCAGCCGGUUCCUCACAGCAUUCCCAGUCAGCAAACACUUGGUAAUGCUGCUUCCACUUCUUCCAUGAUUCCUCAGCUUGCAUCCCGGGCACCUACCCUUUCAUCUGGGCCUUUUAGCAGGAACCAGCAACUAGAAAGUGCAGUAGGGUUGGCGGGUUUCAGUAAUUCUUCUUUGUCUGCUCUGGAGCUGUUAUUGGAUGUGGGUAACCACCCUGGUGCGAACCAACCAAGUCUACAGACUCUCCCAGAUUUGGGUCUGUCCUUGGGUGCAUUGGACCCAGCUGAACUCACCGCGCAUUGCAGUUCACGGGGCACUGCAGUCCGGACUGCUCCAACAGCAGAUGUUGUUUGCAUUUCGGAUGAUGACUAAUCAGAGGAUGAUAACUAAUGCGCGAAGAUAGUGGUAUGCUUUGAAGGUGAAGAGUGACAGUUUUGUAAUAUAUAUUGUAAUAUAUUGCAUAUAGCACUAUUAUCUUACUAUUCAGCUGGCCCUGAAAUUCGAGCAAAUCUGCAUUAAAGGGAGUUGACUUAGGGAACAAUCAGUUGGAUGAGCCACAGUAAGUAUUUUUCCAUGAACUCUGGAGCUCUUUAUGAUUUCUGUGGAUGUACUACUCUGGCGUGAGCUGUAUAAUUACUUUAUUGUACACUGUCAUGCUGGGAAUUUUUCACUGUUGUGACAUUGGUAUCUGCUAUGUACACAGAACAUAUCACGCAGUUGGGAUUUGCUUAGGUUUAGUGUCGAGAUGGAGAAGUUGGACAUGCCUCCAGAUACGACUGAUGUUAAUUUUGGCCUAACAGAAUCAUAUUGCUUCCAUUAUGAUCAAAGCAGUUAUAUUGGGUCUA